GCGUGUACUUUCUGAAAAAAAAAAAAAAACAUCACAUUGAUGGCGCCAUAAUCGAGGAAUUAAGGAAAGGCGGAAGAGAGAACCAACCUUCGGAAACGAAAUACCCAAAUUGCAGAGGAACUCCCCCCCAGCCUUCUCCCCUCUGGUUUCCAUGUUUUCUGCAACUAAUAUCUCCCUAUUCGAAAUUCUUCAGAAAACGUCGGACGUUCCAGCGCGCAGGUUCUCUGUAAUCCCAGAAUCAUGCUCAAGAUAUCAAUACCAGUGGAUGCCAAAACCAGAUCAUGCCUCUGCAGCGGCGUUUUCCCGGCGGCUUCGGUCAUUCUGCUAGUCUUCUUCAUCGCCACCUCCGUUCUAGUUCCUGACCACAAACAGUCUGAAUUGCAGGCAUUGGCUAGAUCAGACGCUGUAGGUAGUUUCAGCAAUGUCAAUUCCACCUGCAAUUGCGAGGAAAGGGAGAUAGCGCCGCGAAGUAAGGAGCAGGAAAUCAUGCCUCAGGAAAGACAGACAUUGCCCCAAAGUAAGAAGGUACAGGAAAUCAUGCCUCAGGAAGGUGUGAUACUGCCCCAAAGCAAGGACCAGGAAAUGCCCAAGGAAACUGAGACAUUGCCCCAAAGAAAGGACCAAGAAAGGCCUCAGGGAACCGAGACACUGCCCGAAAGCAUUGUCGGUUCCAACGAUCUGAAUUCAAUCAAUUGCCAGGUGGGUUGGUGUCUGUUCUUCUCGUUCUCCUACUCCGACUUUCAGGAUCGAGAAGCGCCUCAGGGAAGCGAGACAUUGCCCCGAGGUAUCGUCCAGAAGACAUCGAAUCUGCAGAUGAGACCCCUAUGGGGAAACGUCGCGAAGAGGAAACCGAACGAGAGGGCCAACUUGUUUGCAGCAGCUGUGGGUGUGAAGCAGAAAGAACUGGUGAACAAAAUGGCGACCAAGUUUCUUUCCAGCGGGUUCACGGUGAUGUUGUUCCACUACGACGACAAUGUGGAUGAAUGGCGGGAGUUCGAUUGGAACUCCAAUGUCAUUCAUGUCUCUGCACACAAUCAAACCAAAUGGUGGUUUGCAAAGCGGUUUAUGCAUCCUGACAUAGUCGCGGAGUACGAUUACGUAUUCCUGUGGGAUGAAGACAUCGGAGUCGAUAGUUUCGAUCCUGCCAGGUACCUGUCGAUCGUCGCGAGUGAAGGUCUCGAGAUAUCGCAACCAGCAUUGGACGUGCGGAAGUCAGAGAUACAUCAGCAGAUUACUGCUCGGACAGCACGGCCUAAAUUUCUGUGGUUGUGCAGACGAAUAUACAAGACGGGAUCUUGCGAUGGAAGCAGCACUAAACCUCCGUGCACUGCGUGGGUGGAGAUGAUGGCGCCUGUGUUCUCGCGAGACGCCUGGCGCUGUGCUUGGCACAUGAUCCAGAAUGACUUGAUCCAUGCUUGGGGACUGGAUUAUCGGCUAGGCUACUGUGCUCAAGGGGACCGAACCCAGAAAAUGGGAAUUGUAGAUGCAGAGUAUGUUGUACAUCACGGCAAGCCUACACUAGGCGCACCAAAGGAUUCUGGUCCACCGCAGCCUUUUAAUCCCCGCAAAUUCAACCCUAGAGUGGAAGUGAGGAGGCAAUCAUGGAACGAGUACAAAACCUUCAAACGAAGAUGGGCAAAGGCAGCUGAGGAUGAUAAAUGUUGGAUAGACCCUUACAAGGAUGACGAACCCCACAGAAAAUAGUGUACUAGAGAGCCCAUUUUGUUUCUUUCACUUUUUUUUUGGGGUACAGACUUCAGAAUCUCUUGGACUAGAGUGGCAUGCAUUGAAUCUCGGGGGAAUGAUUCGUAAAUAGUUUUCGUGUAAAUUCAUAGGGCGGGAGAUUGGAUUCUUGUAUUCAUUUGUGAGGCGAAAAAAGGAAAUUGAGGAGAGGAGCAUAUAGGAAACCAAAAGACUAUUUAUUUUGAAUUAGCGAUAAAAUGGAGCGAUACAGAUUAGAUUUAUUUUGGAUGGCAGAAGAAAGGGGGAGGCAAGAAUUAAUGGAGGUUGUUCUCUUUGGAGACGGUAAAGACGAUUAUAUGCUCUUAUGCUAUGAAUUUGGACAUAGAAUUUGCUUCUUCUGCCACUUGAUUUAGUUUUUGUUCUUCUCUAACUUUACUUGAACCAGUUCGUUAAUUUCUUUUGAGCUCUUGAAGUGAUCAGUAUAAUGUGACAUCGUUAAACAUUGCAUUUCUUGAUGAAUGUCAAUCUCGUAUAUCUGGAUCAUAGCAUCGCUAUCCCUUUCAUUAUUCAUCACAGCCUACCAAAAUGCAUCUUAAUGCCUAUUCAUCAAACCAAGUUCUCAGCUAGUCAAGCACAAAAGUUUAGUACGUGCA